GUAGGAGGAAAUGAGUAUAUUAAAAGUUAUAUGUUAGACAUUUAUAUCAUUUCAAUAAAAAGCUGCAUUACUUUAUUAUGUGAUAAAUAUCGGUGCUUAACAAUAAUAUCCAGAAUAAAUAGACACUUAAUGAUACUAAUAUUUUAUUAAAAUGGUGGUAAUGGUAACAAUUAAGAAGAAAAGGGAACAAGCGUGAAGAGUAGUGUUGUUGUGUCUGAGAAAGCGAAAGAUUGAAGAGAGAGAGAGAGAGAUGUCAGGGAAAGGCGCAAAGGGUUUGAUAACUGCAAAAAACCCAUCUUCCUCUAAGGACAAGGACAAGAAGAAGCCCACAUCUCGCUCCUCCAGAGCCGGUCUUCAGUUCCCUGUUGGACGUAUUCAUCGUCUUCUAAAGUCAAGGGUGACGGCUCAUGGAAGAGUUGGGGCAACAGCGGCAGUUUACUCAGCUGCAAUCCUGGAGUACUUAACAGCAGAGGUGUUGGAGUUGGCCGGAAACGCGAGCAAGGAUCUGAAGGUGAAGCGCAUUACCCCAAGACAUCUACAGCUGGCUAUCCGUGGAGACGAAGAACUUGAUACUCUCAUUAAAGGAACAAUAGCUGGUGGAGGUGUUAUUCCUCACAUCCACAAGUCUCUUAUCAACAAGUCUUCAAAGGAAUGAGGAGGGUGCAUAAGUUAUUUGAAUCAAAGAUGAACUUUAGUGUAAAUUUGAUUAUGUCUUUGAUUUGUGGAUGAUGUGCUCCUUGUUUAGUUUGGUUGAACUUGAACCAUCCUUCAAGAGAAAUCUGAAAAAUUAUGAUUUCUUCAUUUGAAAUGUGUGAACUUGUGUGUUGAUUUGUGUGUUAUGCUACUACAUGCUAGAUGGAUUUUGUGGUUA